CAGGACUCUUGGUUUCUCUUUCAGGAAGUAGCUGCAGAAACUACAGGGGAAAGAGCAAGGAGAGCAGCAACACACACCUGACAGGGAAGCCUCUCUUCAGACGCCCUUACUGCAAACAAACUAUAAUUAUGUCCUUAACUGUUCUCACUUCGGCCUACAGACUGAGGUCCCUCUGCAGGUUACAGCGAAUCAAGGGCCAUAUGAUGUCGAGUCAGGUGGAACCCGAGGUUCUCCUGGAGAAAGUGGGGAACGCAGGUGUGAUCACCGUAAACAGACCCAAAGUCCUGAACGCCCUCAACAUGACCAUGAUCAGACAGAUCUACCCUCAGCUCAAGAAAUGGGAAAGUUGCAGUGACACUGACAUCGUGAUCAUCAAAGGAGCUGGAGGGAAAGCUUUCUGUGCUGGUGGAGAUAUCAGAGCGGUGACAGAAGCGGGGAAAGUUGGAGACCCUCUUGCAGAAGUCUUUUUCCGUGAGGAGUACAUUCUCAACAAUGCUAUAGGAACAUACAAGAAACCGUACAUCGCUCUUAUUGAUGGGAUUACGAUGGGAGGAGGUGUCGGUCUGUCGGUGCACGGACGGUUUCGAGUGGCCACGGAGAAGACGCUGUUUGCCAUGCCAGAGACCGCCAUCGGACUGUUCCCUGACGUUGGAGGAGGAUAUUUUCUGCCCAGGCUUCAGGGAAAGCUGGGACUGUUUCUGGCCUUGACGGGCUUCCGUCUGAAGGGUCGUGACGUGCAGAGAGCUGGUGUGGCUACUCACUUUGUCGAGUCAAAAAAGAUCCCAGAGCUGGAGAAGGAGCUGGUGGACCUGAAGUCUCCCUCUAAUGAAGAUGUCACCAAAGUGCUGGACACCUACCAGAGCCAGAGCAGUCUGGAUGCUGAGAAGCCCUUUGUCUUGGACAAGCACAUGACUGACAUCAACAGGCUGUUCAGCUCCAGCAGUGUGGAGGGCAUCGUGCAGAACCUGAAGGCAGACGGCUCAGAGUUCGCAAAGAAACAAGUGGAGACUCUGUCCAAGAUGUCUCCCACAUCCCUGAAAAUGGCCUACAAGCAGCUGCAGGCGGGGGCAAAUCUGAGCCUGCAGGACGUGUUGGUGAUGGAGUAUCGUCUGACUCAGGCCUGCAUGAGAGGCUUUGACUUCUAUGAAGGUGUGAGAGCCGUGCUGGUUGAUAAAGACCAUAGUCCAAAGUGGAACCCGUCGACGUUGGAGGAGUUGUCAGACCAGACUGUGGACCAGUGGUUCUCCUCUCUGGGGGACAAAGACCUGACUCUCUGAUGACCCACCUUCAAACACACACACUACUGAGCCUUCAUCGAGCCUGCUGUCCCCACAAUCCUCUGCAUGAGUAAUGUGAGAGGACUGUGCUGCUGAGCAGGAGAAGAACGGUUAUAUUAGUACAAACAGGUCAUACACUACACAGAUGGACUGGAUGUGAUUUAAUACUGCGGUGACAUUUUACAGGAAAAUCCAGGCUGCUCUUCCACCACUGAGGAGCUCUGAUUCAUGUUCACAGCCAGAAAUAGAAAGUAGUAGCAGCAGAGGUAGCCAGCAGAUGCCCUGUGUGUCACACAUGAGAAAUGAGUAGAGUAAACUUGCUCUGCAGCUGAAGUGAAGUCUGUUUUUUAUUAUUUCACAUAAAGUGGGUACUCUCCUCUGCUGCAGAAUCAAGAAAUGUGCCGCACAGCAGCAUUAGCAUGAGUGCAUCGGAGGAGAAAAUGAUCUCACCGCUGAGUGCUUUAUUACAUUUCCUUCCUGUGGGUGUUUGUUGAUGUGACAUGGAUCAGGAUCAUCAGUGUUUCUGCAGAGUGCUCACUUGCUGUAAUACAGAUAAUGUGUUGUCUUCUAUCUCUCUUGUUCUUUUUGUAGUAUUAUCUGCAUUUUCCAGAUUAACACUCCCAAAACAGAUCACAGAUUUAGAUCUAUAUUAACAUUUCCUCUGAAUGCCAUGUCUCUAGUGUUUAAAAGCAUUUUAGAAAACAAACAUGGUCUGAUAUUGAGUCGUUUUUAAAUCAGCUUCUUCUCAUGGUCACUGAUUUCAGUCGGGAUCAUAGACUCUGUAGGAAGUGGACGCAGCCUCUGGAUUAAAACAAUUAAGCCAACACUGAAGUGCCUUAAACCUGCAUUCCCUCUAACAGCCAGUAGGUGGCGACUCCACUGGUUAAGUUAUGAGAAACUGACCUUACUUCUGACUUGAUUUACCACAUCAGUAAACAUUUUCCUGAUGAGUUCAUGGACUCAGUCAGAAGCCUGCGCUAAAAAACAGAUGAAGCUCAUUUAUUAAGUUACGAUUACAACAAAAGAUUAAAAGACGAUAACGUAGGGUAUAUUUUAAGGCUUUGCAAUACACUUGUACCAUAAGACUGCAGCAAGAUCAGCUGUAAUGUUAAUUUUCAGCUUAGAACCUUUGUUUAAAAGUUGUUCCUAGCAUUGCCAGAUUGUGUGCACAAAUGAACACCACAGUGUAACAGCAUUUACAAGACACUCGCUCAUCUGCAGGUCAACUCUCUUGCCCAAAUAUGGUCAUUUCUGGCUCCAAAAAAACAAGAUACUGUUGUUAAACUAAGCUCAAAGCUUCAAAGCUGCAGAUAACAGAGAAGGUGAUAUCAUCGUUACAUCCACUUCUUAUUUACAGUCUAUGACAGGUAUCGAGCCCAUUCGAUCAGACACUCUGCACCGUUAUGUGAGACGACAGUUAGUCAUGGAUACUGGAGCAGAAAGCAAUAAAGACAGAUGAAAGAUUAAA